AUGACAAAGUAUAUUUUGACUGCCAGAGUGUGGAUACAUUUUGUGCAAAGACAUGUAGAAGACAUAAUAAGCAAUGUCACAUGCAAGGCGGGAUACUGGGAAUGCACCAAAAAUCCAUGUCCAAAGGACUGCCUCGUUCAUGGAGAAGGCCACUAUGUAACCUUCGAUAGAAAAAGAUACCUCUAUGAUGGCAACUGUGAAUAUGUUUUGGUUGAGGAUCAAUGCAGUCAAGAAAAUGGCACCUUUCAAAUCCUGGUGGAGAGUGUCCCAUGUUGUGAAAAUGGAGUGAUAUGCUCGAGAAUUAUCAGAAUUUUUACUGAGGCUAAAGAAUUCAAACUACAUGAUGGCCGAAUGACAAGAAUUGAAAAAUCCUUUGGUCAAACCCAAUGCACAGAUAGUUCCUACUCACUUCACACAGUUGGACUCUAUUUAAUCAUUAAAUUUUCCAAUGGGAUCACUGUGAUAUGGGACAAACGAACAAGAGUUUCAAUCACAUUAGAUCCAAGAUGGAAGAACAAAGUAUGUGGUCUGUGUGGAAACUUCAAUGGCGAUAUCACAGAUGAUUUAACAACACAAGGAAACUGUUUAGUGACAAGCACGUUGGAGUUUGGAAACAGCUGGAAGUCCUCAGUGUUCUGUUCCGAUGUAAUGAAUCAAACAUUCCCGUGUGACAGAAAUCCCUACUGUUCAGCAUGGGCUCAAAGGAAGUGUAGCAUUAUCAAGACUACUGUCUUUCAAAGCUGCCACAGCAAGGUUGACCCAACUCCAUUCUAUGACACCUGUGUCCAGGAGACUUGUUCCUGUGACUUGGAAGGGAGGCAUCUGAGUUUCUGUACAUCUAUAGCAGUGUAUGCAGAAGCCUGUAAUAAAGCUGGUGUUUGUAUUGACUGGAGAACCCCAGACUUGUGCCCGGUAUAUUGUGAUUAUUACAAUGCUCCUGAAGAAUGCAGUUGGCAUUAUCAUCCAUGUGGAACACUGACAACAAAAACCUGCUCAGAUCAUUAUGUUGGAAAGAAGUUCUCUGCUAAACUUGAAGGCUGUUAUGCAAAGUGCCCAGUGAGUGCUCCUUAUUUGGAUGAAAAUAUAAUGAAAUGUGUUAAGUUGGCUGAUUGCACAUGUUACCACAAUGGGAAGAUUUUGCAACCGGGUGAAGUAAUUUGGAAUGUCUGUGAAGAAUGUAAAUGUGACAAUGGAACUGUUACAUGUAGAAAAGGGGUCACUACAACAGUGAAGCCAACAACUACCAUCUCCACUACUGUCUCCAUAUCAGUGACAACUACUCCAAAAGAAACAACCUCUGCAACAGUUAUUGCUGAAACCACUACACCGGGUGUCAGUACAACCAUAAAACCAACUACAACCAGAUCCACAACCAGCUCCACGCUGGAAGUGACAACUUCACCAAAAGAAAGAACCACCACAACAGUCAUUGCUGGAACCACUACAAUAGAAGGAAUCAGUACAACUGGAUUCACUACCAGCUCCAAACCAGAGCUCACUACAACAGUGAAGGAAACUACAGCUGGCUCUACACCAGUGACAACUUCAGCAAAAGAAAUGACGACUCCAACAGUAACUGCUGAAACCACCACAAAAGAAGUGACCUUUUCACCAAAAGGAACACCCACCACAACAGUUAUUGCUGAAACUACCACAAAGGAGGUGACUGCGACACCAAAGGAAACAACAGGCACAACAGUUAUUGCUGCAACCACUACAACAGAAAAACUCACUCCAACAGUGAAGCCAACACCAACAGGAUCCACCACCAGUAUCAAACCGGAGCUCACGACAAGAGUGAAGGAAACUACAGCUGGCUCCACACCAGUGACAACUUCACCAAAAGAAAUGACUACCCCGACAGUUACUACUGAAACCACCACAACAGAAGUGACAUUUUCACCAAAAGGAACACCCACCACAACAGUUAUUGCUGAAACCACCUCAAAGGGACUCACAGCAACACCAAAACCAACUACAACCACAUCCACAACCCAAUCCACAUCAGAGGUGACUGCGACACCAAAGGAAACAACAGGCACA